AUGGAACCAGUAUCAGCAUUGAAGACUAUAGCUGAUAACAUUUCGUCGGAAAUAUAUGAAAUCGAUACUAACGAUAAAGAAUUACAGGAAUGUAUAACUAAAAUAGUAAGCAAAACUUUGAAGCGGAAGUCGAAUGAUCAAAUUAUAAUUGAAGAAACUCAAGCCAAGAAACUCCCUAGCAACGUUAAAAUGUGGUCUCCAGACCAUGUUAAAAAAUUUCUUGAGUCUCGUAUGAAUAAUUUAGAUUUCAAUGAAAUCGACGUUAAAAAGAUCCGAGAUAAAGAACUAACUGGUAGAGCUUUUCUUCGUCUUACUGAGGAAAAGUUAACUCGCAAAGUUGGCCUUUACGAACUGAACCAAGUCCCUGCUGAAGGAAUCAUGGAACUAGUUGAAGAACUUAACAAAACUUAG